AUGCCGUCUCCACGGGAUCGCGGCAGUGUGGUCGAAAGCUCUUCGAGUGACUCGCCAACCUUUUCCGAUGGUGGAAAUGGGAGCGCGCGACCAUUGCCUCGCAGACCAAUUCCAAGGAAGGGACAUACCAAGUCACGCCGUGGUUGUUUUAACUGCAAGAAAAGAAGGAUUAAAUGUAACGAAAGACAUCCUGAGUGCAAUCAUUGUAUAAAGGCGGGGCUGCAAUGCGAGUAUCCAGCAAACAUUAUACAAGCGAUGCAGCGCCCUCCUACUUUGCCACAUACUCAGGAGGUAGGCAACCUACGAUCAACGCCAGGCGUUUUCUCUAUGGCGGAUAUGCGUCUAUUUCAUCAUUUUCUUAUAACUGCCUACCCGCAUCUCCCCGUUGGAGCCGACAAGAUCUGGAUCACGACGAUUCCUGGCUUCGCACAUAACUAUGAGUACCUCAUGCACUCAAUCUUGGCGCUAGCUGCAUCGCACCUAGAUGCUGUAACGCAUUCUGGUGUAGCAGAACAGGCUAUACAGCAUAGAAUCCUGGCUGUGAAGUCACUCAACGAAGCGCUCUCAGCACCUCCAAAGACCAGUUGCGAACGAGAUGCAAGGAUGGCCGCAGCUCUAGCACUUGCUUUCCAAUCAAGCCACUUGCAGGAUGGCAUGGCAGAAUUCCUCACGAUGGUCCGUGGGUGCAACCUGAUUGGAGGCGACGAGACGCCGUUGAGAGACGAUUCAGUCUUCAAUGCAUUUCGUGACGACGGUCAUAUUCAGACAAUGCAAAAUCGCAUCGGAACAUCGUCGCUUACCUGCGUUAACCACGAUGAUCUCGACAUGGCAGCGUUGUCUCUCAACCUCGUCAAAGCUAUAAAUAUGUCCGACUGGGAGCGGUCAUACUGGGAGAUACUAGUACGCACAGUUAGUCAUGCGUAUGAUCGUCCAGUAGAGACGUAUACGACCUUCGUCAUGCUCUAUAACACACCAUCCCAAUGGACCCAUGAUGAGUUCCAAGCCUUCAUUGAUCCCAACAAUAGCGUUGCACAGAUUCUGCUCGCUCAUUUCAUCGCAAUCCAAGCUAUUCUUACACCCAUACUCUACCUCGAGAGGGUCGGCUUCGAGGGUGUGCAUGCACCGACUGCCGUGCUGGGUUGGAUCGACGGGAUUUACUGGAAUAUACCGUGUCACCUGAGGCACCACGUUGAGUGGCCCAGACAGGUGUCGCGAUAUCCCUUUACGCGAUUCAUGGGUCUGAAGCAGGUUGAAUACUGCGAUGUAGAUCCUCUUCUGGUUUAA